AUGACGGAGCAAAUCUUGGAUCCUGCAGCAUACUGCUGCUUCCGCUGUGAUUUCUUUCUCCACAAAAGAUGUGCGGAACUUCCGCGACAAAUUAGGCUUCCGAUGCAUUCCCAGCAUGACUUAGUCCUCCAUGGGAAGCCACCUUAUUCUUCUCGUUGUUGUUUCUGUAAUGCGUGUGGCCAAGAUGAUUGGAAGUUUUUCACCUACCACUGUUCCUCCUGCGAAUUUGAUCUGGAUGUGUCGUGUGCUAUUUUGGAGCCGCGGGAAAUUGAGCUCGAUUGUCAUGACCACCCUCUUGUACAACUACAAAAAAAAGCUUCUUUCUUGUGUGAUGCUUGCGGUAAGGUUGAUGAAGAUUCAUCAUAUCUGUGCACUAUUUGUCCAUUUUGGAUCCACAAAAAAUGCGCCUUGCGACCAACAACUGUGAAGCACAAGGAUCAUAAUCACCCACUCCAUCUGGCUUAUUCUCUUCCGUCUGACUACCGUAAAUUUCCACAACAAUGCUCUGUUUGUUGGAAAAAGGUACGUCUGCGUGAUUGGGUCUAUUAUUGCGGUCCUUGCAGAUACUUCGUCCACAUUACAUGCGUUGUGAUCUCUCAAAAGGAUGAAGAGCAGCUAAGUGAAGAUAAUGAAUAUCCUAUCUCAGGAGAACAAGAUCAAAAUGUGGCGAAACUACCAUCUAGUAACGCGGCUCAGGAAUUGAUCGCCCGUUUUCUUCUCCAGGAAGAUGAGAUGAGUAGCAGUAAUGACUCAAGCAAAUCGAAUAUUCCAGAAAAGAUAUUUCUGAUAUCGCACAGGAAGCAUCCGCUUGAAGAAGCAAAAGCAUUAUUGCUAGUAUGUGACCGGUGCAUUGAACCUAUUUGCUCAUCUGAUGAUCUUCAAUACUAUGCUUGUGUCGAGUGUGGUUACUUUGUCCAUUUAACUUGUUCUAAGCUUCCCCCUGAAUUGCACAUUCCAAAGCAUCCCCAGCACCCAUUUUCCUUGACGUGUAAAUCGAGUGCAGUUGGUGUUUUUAAAUGCGAAGCAUGUCGCUUAGAGACCAAUGCUAGCUUCUAUAAUUGUGAACCUUGUGAACUAAGUAUUUGUAUCAAGUGUGCGAGUGCUAGCAUGAUGACGAGUAGUGUCAAGCACGAUGGUCACAAGAAGCACCUCUUGACUCAAUUUCAAAGUUCAGAUCCCAUACGUUGCACGUCAUGCGGCUAUCCAUGUGGAGGUGGUUUUGGGUUUGCUUGUGAGGAUUUCAAAGUUCAGUCUAUGUGUGCUAUGACUGUGCUGUGCUACCUCCUACAACCACACAGAGAUGGGACAAGCACCCGCUUCUCCUGA